UAAAAAUCCAAGUUGGAGAGAGAGAGAGAGCGAGCGAGCGAGCGAGCGAGAGAGAGAGAGAGAUGGCAAGGUGGUAUGUCAUGCUAGUGCUUGCACUAGCACUUGUGCACACCAGUGCAAGGAACGUGCCUACAGACCAACAGGCCGUGCACACCACUGCAAAGAAGGCACCCAGCAGUGCUGGGCUUGAUGACAAGAAGAACUUCAUUACAUAUGGCGGAGUUGGCGGUUUCGCCGGUGUUGGUGGCGCUGCUGGCAUUGUUGGGCUACCUGUUCUUGGUGGCAUUGGUGGUGGGGCCGGUGGGAUCGGUGGAGCUGGGGGGCUCGGUGGGCUCGGUGGUGGGAUUGGCGGGCUUGGAGGAGCUGGCGGCUUGGGUGGGAUCGGUGGGGUAGGUGGUGGGGCCGGAGGGGGUGCUGGAGGAGGUGUUGGUGGAGGAGCAGGAGGUGGUGCUGGUGCUGGUGCUGGUUGCUGUGGUGGUGGUGGAGGGUUUGGUGGGGGUGGUGGUGCUGGUGGAGGUGGGGCUCUUCCCCUUCCUUGAAUUGGUUGAAGCGUGUUUGUGUUAGUUUGUUGUAGUUUGGUUUCUUUGGUUAGUUUUCGUCGUUUUACGUGAAAUGACUGCCUCCUUUUUUCAAAGUAGAAUGGUAAGAGGGCACGUACUAUGCACGUGAGGAGAUGAAACUAGUGUGAAGCAUGUCUUGCUUUAGUUAUAAGAGUAGGAAUGAGUUAAUAUAUGGUUUUAUUUGUCAUAUGUUGUUUGUAGUGUUUCCUGAUUUUCUAAUAAUAAUGAUGGUCAUAUCUCUCUCUCUC